UGCUACGAUCGCGUCCGUCUCUUCGCCGGGACGAGGAAACGGUGCCGCAGGCGCGCUUUAUAAUAUCAUUAUCUUGCUCCGGAUUGCACGGGAAACGGAGGGAGAAGAACGCGACGCUCUCCUCCGUCAUUCAUUGUCUGCCAGUCAGUCAGUCAGUCAGUCAGUCAGUCAGUCAGUCAGUCAGUUGGACGGACGACUACCGGGUGGUUGGUUGACGGUCCGUUGGUGAUUCCCAUCAGGUCGACAGGUGUAGGCGGGCAUACACGUGAGUGUUGGUGAGUGCUGUAACGGGCGUAAUGAUGUCUUUUACACCAUUGAGAGCCAUGACUCAAGCGAUCGACGCUCCGCAUCGCCGCGUAUUGUGACGACGAGCCUGCUUCAUUCGGCACUAGAUCGACAGCGGCAAUCUCGUUAUCGAGAAAAAAUAUACGAUCUUUCACUUGUAUGGAAUAUUAUUGCCAUGUGUUCGAAUAUUCGAUAGUGUCGAGAGAUUGGUCAAACGCAGGCUACUGCGAGACGUCGUAUACGUAACACCGCGCUGAUACUUCUGAUAAACGAGAUUGUAGUUUUUUGUUUUUUUUUCCGUUUACUCGUCGAGAUAAAUAUAUCGUCUUACACCGGAACCGACAUAGAUUGCUAAUUUCGUGUUGAAAUGAAAGACUGAGAAAUGGAGUCCUCGAAUUCAAACGGUAACGGGGCAACGAUGAUCAGCGACAACAAAGCCAGUCUUCUCAAGCAACACGCCAACAACAACCGGCUGAAUGUGAUCGGUAAACAAAACAACAUGCGAAAGAUGAGCACUAUGCCGGAAGAGGACGGUUCAGACGCUGACCCAGACGCCGUGAGUCUGCAGCCGAUCCACCAGCAUCAGCAAGAUCCGGACUCGGACUCGCCGAGCGAAGGAAGAGAAAGAGGUCGCCUCCUCAGCUCUGGAAGUCGCAAAAUAAUGGUCACACCGGCGAGCAUGUCGAGCAUAGCUUCGACGAACAACGGCAUAAAGCGAUCGAGCAGUGGGAACAGCUCGAUUGACAGCGUUCACGACGCCAAGCAACCCGCGAGAAUUCCGCAAUCGCGUCUUGCCGCCUUGGAGGCUGAGCCCCGUUUGUAUCGGGACGGUUCAACGCACGGCGCCGGGGGUCGAAUAACCCGAGGAAUCGAACUCCAUGGCAGCCGGCAUCGCUAUCCGAGCAUGCGAUCCCUCAAAUCCACGGCCGCCGAUGACCAUCAUCAGCACAAUCAUCACCCGGCUACCAGCUGGGCCUCGAUAAUUUUCUCCGACGCCGCGAGUCAGUCGGGAAAACCAUUCCCAGACUCCGUUUCCAUACGAUCCCUCGCUUCCAUAGGUAUGGGAUCUUCCGACGGUCGUAAGCUAACUAUCCGCAGGGUACCUACUUCCCCGUCUGAACUACUCAACAUGGUACAUCCUCCAACACCCAUUGAAGAUGACCUCUCGACGUGCAGUAGUUACGACGACGUGGAUGCGGAAGAUCCUGGGGAUUACAGGCAACCAAAGAGGCCUCAUUGGGCCAACAAGGUGCAAUUUGUUCUAGCUUGCAUCGGUUACUCUGUCGGCCUUGGCAACGUCUGGAGAUUUCCCUAUUUAUGUUACAAGAGUGGCGGCGGAGUAUUUCUCGUACCUUACUUUCUGAUAUUAAUAGUAUGCGGUGUCCCGUUGCUAUACAUGGAACUUGCUAUCGGGCAAUUCACACGUCGAGGUCCAAUCGGCGCCCUGGGACAAAUUUGCCCUCUAUUUAAAGGGGCCGGUUUGUCGUCCGUAGUUAUUUCAUUUCUAAUGUCCACUUACCAUAAUGUGAUAAUAGCAUAUGCCAUUUACUAUUUUUUUACUGCGUUCAAAGAUGUCCAACCAUGGUCGGAGUGUAACGAUACAUGGCAUACGAAUGCCUGCUGGACACCUGCUAUGCUAAAUACAGACAAUCGCACACGACCAAACACUUCCAAAACACCGUCAGAAGAUUUCUUUGAAAACAAGGUACUUCAGAUCAGCAGUGGCAUCGAAGAGCCUGGAGCGCUGCGGUGGGAAUUAGUUGCUUGCUUGGUAACUGCCUGGGUAAUGGUUUACUUUUCCAUUUGGAAAUCUAUCAGGUCGUCGGCACAAGUAAGAUACCUUACGGCCACACUACCGUUUCUGCUCAUCAUCGUAUUUCUCACACGCUCUCUAACCCUCGAAGGCGCGGAUAAGGGUCUUCAGUAUUUUUUCAGACCACGAUGGGCUCUGCUGGCAGAUGCUAAGGUCUGGGUGAAUGCAGCUGCCCAAAUCUUUAACUCAGUGGGAAUCGCGUUCGGGUCGAUGAUCUGUUUUGCAAGCUACAACAAAUUCCACAACAAUAUCUUGAUAGAUACGGUUGCUGUAUCCCUAAUCAAUGCGUUCAGCAGUCUACUUGUUGGAAUUUUUGCCUUUGCCACAAUAGGCAACAUCGCACGCGAGCAGAAUAUGUCCGUCGAAGAUGUCCUCAGUGAUGGUCCUGGAUUAGUCUUUGUCGUUUAUCCCCAAGCUUUGGCAAAAAUGCCAGCGUCUCAACUAUGGGCCGUAUUAUUUUUCUUCAUGCUCGUCUGCCUCUCACUCAAUAGUCAGUUUGCAAUCGUGGAAGUCGUCGUAACAUCGAUACAAGACGGAUUUCCAAAUUGGAUAAAGCGCCUGUUACUUUGCCACGAAAUCCUGGUUCUCAUAAUAUGCGUUGUGUCAUUUUUGUUCGGAUUACCAAAUCUAACACGGGGUGGUAUAUUCUUCUUUCAACUGAUAGAUCACUACGCUGCAUCGAUUUCGAUAAUGUUUUUGGCAUUCUUCGAAGUUAUAGCCAUAUCUUGGUUUUAUGGUGUGCAGAGGCUGUGCAGUAAUGUCAAAGAAAUGACCGGACGUAUGCCGUCUAUUUACUUUCGGUUUUGCUGGCUCGUAGCUGCUCCUCUUUUAAUAAUGGCUGUGUGGGUGUUUAGUUUAAUUGAUUACGAGCCUCCCACUUAUCACAAUGGCGCAUACAUUUACCCCUGGUGGGCGGAAGCCAUUGGGUGGGGCAUUGCAUCGCUUUCUCUUGUAUGCAUUCCUGCGGUUGCCAUUUAUGUGUUGAUUCGGGCCGAAGGCGACACUUUUCUCCAAAGAUUAAGAAAGUCGAUAAAACCGGACUUUGAAGCAUGCAGGAUUUGCGGACAGGAAUAUUGCACCGAGCCAUUGCACACUAUGGACGAGGACUCAGGAAAAGAACCUCUACAUGAAUUGAACAGUUUGAUACAGCAAAAUUCCACUUAUAUUCCCCCGAAAUCGGAAGUAUAAGAUCAAAAUUGAAUAUAAUAUAGCUUUUCACAGACAUUGGCAUGUUGGAAAAAAAUGUAGUGUCCUUUUCUCGACUUAUCUUGUAAAUCUGUUGCGAUUACUCUAAACUGCUCGUCUCAAGAUCUGGACUGCGGAAAACAAAGUUUAAGAGAUGCGCUUUACUUUUCGAUUUUGUAUUAAUAAAAAAUAAACGUCGGCAGUAGUUGAAGUGAGUAUCGGAAAGUUUCAAAUACUCGGGCAAAAUGCAUUUUCAAGGAUGGUUUUGACCACACGAAAAUUAGGCGAGAGGAAAUGGAAAUUAUGCUGCGCCAAAUCUUGUGAAAAAGACAGAAAAUCGGAAGAAUAAAAGCGGGUCGUUUCACGUAGUUGAGACACAGAAUAAUAAGACGAUUAAAAUACCACGGAUAAAUUUUUGAUAUGACUUAUAAUUUGGGAUGGUAGAAUAAGAAUAAGGGAUACUAAGGUUUGAGAAUGAAGAAAAUGGUACCGAUUCUUUAUUUGAACAGCCUUCUUCAAUGUGUCGAGUAACAUUAUUCUUAACGGAGAUAAAAGCAAUAGGAGGAAACAUAGUGAUUGGGUAGCGUAUAUUGGCACAACAUAAUUUAUUGAUAAUGAUAUUAAUAUAAUUUCAUUCUUUUUAUUGUAAUUUCUAUACCAGCGAAGACUUUAGUUUUCAAAUUAGUUGCACAAUAUACAUAAUUUCUAGUAGAGUAUAAUCGGAGUAUUAUAGCAAGUUGCAAACGAACAACUGAACUUUGGGUAUUUAAUAUCUUGUGUAAUGAAUUACACAGGCUUACAAAAAAGAUUUUUCAGUGUUACCCUGAUUUUUCCGAUGAAUUUUGGUGUAUCGGAAAGUAGAAUCAACGAAUAAAAUCAUGAUUAUAAUAGACUGACGCUAGUUUUUAUGUUGUUGCAGUAUUGUAAGGAGGGAGAUAGUUUCUGGUAUAAUCAUGAUUUUAUUCGUAAAUUUUGCGUUCUCAAAUAUCAAAAUUUACGGAAAAAAUCAGGACUACAAAAAAAAAUUUUUUUUCGUUAAUCUUUGAAGCAUUUUUUUUUUUUUUUUUUUUUAUUGGUAAACUUUAAAUAAUGAAACAAAAUCGAAUUUUUCAUCUAAAUAUUGAUUUUUUUCAGUCCAAUAUGAAAAUAUCGAUAAAAUAAAUAACUAGAGCCAGUUUCGAAAAAUUGCGCUUACUCCUAGGUCGUUGAUAUCGAAUCUUACUAAGACAACUCAAAUAUCGAGAACAACAAAACCACUGUUGAUCAGUGUUAUUCUAGUGUGAAGAAGUCAAGCAAUCAGCUUUCUAAAUGUAGAUGUAACUGUAACAGUCUGAAGUAAGUAAUUCUCAGCAUAGCCAAAAAUGCGAUUACCAAAAAUAUCUGAUUUUUUUUGUGCACAGAUAUAUAUAAAAAUUUUAAAUAAUAUUUUCACCCAUAUUGGGGAUUGCAUAUUUCGAACAAAUUCAGGUUAUCUAAUAAAAUAUCUGCUAUUGGUAUACUAAACGUACAUUAAAAUGUAUGUCGCGAUAAAAGAACAACAUAAGCUUUGAUGUAGAAAAUACGGAGUGCGUUAUGAAUUGAAACAAUGUUCGACUUAAUUCCAUUACAUGAUUUCAACUAUGUUGCAUUCAUAAUGGGUAAAUUAGCCUAUCUAGCUGCACUAACAGCCGGAGAAUUCUAUUCGAGGUUUUCACUCUAAUAUAAAUUAUAUUAUAUAAUAUCUGCAAAUUGGUUUGUUAUGCGGUAGAUGAUUUGAAUGUGAAGUAAUCGAAAGUACCUAAUAUCACAAGUAUAACCUUACAUGUUUUGUGUAAUUUGAAUUUAUUUAUAAUAAUUUAAAGUCAAUGUAUCGUAAGCUGCAUCUUUUCCACAUUAUGACAUAUAGUUUUAACAUAGUACAACAUAUGAUUGUGAAAUGCACAAGUAGUGUUGCCAGACAUCGAAUCUAUGAACGUUGUAUGGCAAUUGUGAGACUGCCGUGCGAGAUCAUACGUUCCUAGAACGUACGAAUUUUCAUAAAUUUUUAUCAUCAAAGUGAUAAUACUUCUGCACAUUUUAGCUUUUCACUUUUCACUUCAAAGUACAUUUCAUAACGUAAUAAUUUCAAUUACUCGAUACGAAAAUUUGUUUCGGUAAUUCUAUUGUUACUAACAAUGAGAGUAUCAGACUUCCGGAUCACGGAUUCAGCUGAAACUGCUAGGAAUACUUUUACACCCCAAAAGUAUGGAGCGUUUGAUGUGUAGUUUUAUCCAUUCGGCAGUUCUCUACUAUGGUUAAAAUUGAUUAUAUUCGCUAUUCCAUACUUGUUUAAUAAUUUUCAAACGCGUGGAAUGUUUCUGAAAACUGAAAGAAUAACCUUUCAAAUAUAUGAGAUCACUUAUCAAAUUUUAAUAUUUUUAUUAAUUUUUUUCUCAAAUACAGAAUUUCAAAAAUUGUUUGCAACUCAAUAUUUUAGUAAAUUUUUUCUUCUUUUAAUACGAACAAAAUAAAAGCUCAUAAAACUGUUCUCAACUAUGGAUUUCUUGACUAAGUGUCUAAGAUUUCGAUGGUGUUGAACGACGCGAAAAAUAUUGAAUAAAUACAAAACUUUGUGAAUUGAUUCGAAAUAAAUUUUUUUGCGUGUUAAAUAAAUGGAAAACAAAACUUUUUCUUGAUAAGACAUAGUGACUUAAAAAGCAGCACCAUGAAAAUAAAAUUAAAAAAUCAAACUGACGCAUUGGAUUAUGGUUACAUCGUUCAAGCGAUCCUGCACCAUUGCUCAUAUUCAAGUCAUUAGAACAAAAUUUAUAUUUUUGAAACUGCAAAUAUCUGAUGUGUGGAAUUCCACACCUGCUAAAUUUUGAGGUGUGAAGUGUUCCACACCUACCACAGUGGUUUUGCCACUUCUACUUGGAAGUUUUCUCAGAAUCUAUGAUCCGGGGGUUUAAUACUCUUCUUGUGAGGGAGAAUGUGACACGGAAUUUUCCAAACCAGCCUCGUGUAUCUUUGUUUUUCUUAAGCCAAUCCAAAAUCCGAAGCCUUCGGAACUUGCGAUUUAAAACGGUAAUACACUACCAUAAGUUAACGUACUUUUCGAUGCGUUGCCGUAUUAUCGUAAUAUGUGACGCUUCGCGGGCGUAAAAUCCCGUUUUACGCCUACUGCGACGAAAAUUUACUUUACGUUUUCUUGUACACGUUCCGCAAAUUCUGAUAGUCGGGAAGGGUUCUUUCAUGCCACGUAUAAAUUAGGUCUGCGAUUGAGUUUGAACGAGGCUCAUUAUCCACUCAGAGCUAGUCAAGCUGAGGGAACCGGUAAAACACCAAGUAGAAUAUUUAAAAGUGUGUUUAAACAUGGAGUGUAAACAUAGCACUAGACUUCAUGUUAAUCCGACAACAUAUUCAUCCAAUCACAGAUUUAGCUGACUGGAUAAAACUUAUGGAAUAUUAAAUGCACUGUCUCAGAGUGCGCUGGAACAUUCUAUCAAGUAGUACGAACAAGUGCAAUUUUUACCAUAUCGGGGGCUAAAAACCAAAAUGACCUAACACAUGGGAUUUUCGAUUUGAUGGAUAAGUCCGCUUUUCUUCAUUUUUCUUGCAUACAUCUUUGUAGAAUCAUGAAAUGCUGAAAAAGUGUCGUUAUGCCCUUUUGAUUCUUCGCACUGGAUAUGUAUGGAAAUAGUAUAUUGCGUAACAAGGAUGCAAACUCGGUCUUUUCGGGCUGAACGUAAGUUUGUUAUAUGAGUCGCAGGUAAGCUGAAGACGAAUAUUGCGAAUACGCGAGGCAAAAAGACCGUCUGUGAGGCAUUGUAUACUUUAAUCAAUGACAUGUAUGACAUUAAUUCUCGGGAAAAUACCUGAAGACGUUGAAACAUGAAAAAUUAUUUAAAAGUUCCGAUACGACGUUCAAAAUCCUUUAAUCUAUAAUUAAACUAAGAUAAUAUGAAUAGAUGCAUAUCUUUCAUAUUUCGAUGAAAUUUUUUGUGACAAAAAAAUAUUAUGUAACAGUGACGCGUAUUAGUUAGAUCAUUCCAGUCGACAACAGUCCUUAUGCAAGGUAAAGCAAAACAAUGUUUCAGUAUAACAAAUUGAACGAACAAUUCAUGCGUUAAAAGUAAAGAUAAGUAAAGUUGAUGACAUUGCUUAAAAUAUAGAAAAUACUCAUUACAUAUUCGGUGUUUCAUUUAAUUUUCGCUCGACGCACGUUUCCUCGCUGUAGCACCACCUCACGUCAGCUAUGAUUAAUGUAUCUUAUCAUUAAUUAACUACGGCGCCCAUUUACCGCUUCUAUAAUUUACGUCUCACGUGUACGUCUAUAUAAGUUGUGAUAUGACGCUUCGUUGGACGAAACAAAAGAAUUCGAAAACAAAUUGCAUAUCUAAUCUCAUUGAAAGAGAGUUCCAUUCCAGUUAGCAUCAACGAUAAACAUCAUUUUUUGUUGCUAGAUUAAGAUUUUUCCGUAAGUCUAUGAUUGUAUGUACAUAUACUGUUGAAAUUAUACGUAAUUUUGUUAUCGAA